AUGGGCAGCAUUUCCAUAAGAACAAUUAGCAAACGCUUUCUCUAUGGGAAUUUCAUCAGGCAAACAUUUAUUAAAAACCCAGAGUCUCUUUCUGCUCAUUAUCGUUCGAGCAAAACAAGAGUCUCUUACACUCUCUACAAACCAUCUCUUUCGCACCCAUUUUCAACAUCAUCAUCAAGAUCAUCUUGUUCGAAUUCUCAAUCCAAAUUUCGGUUUAUAGGAUGGUAUUUGAAUCAGCUGGAAUCGCACCCAGUAGUCACCAAAACUUUCACUACUUCGCUUAUUUACGCUGCCGCUGAUUUGACCGCUCAGAUGAUUUCGUUGACAUCAUCUAGUUCUUUUGACUUACUGAGGACGUUACGCAUGGCUGGAUAUGGUUUGCUAUUUUUAGGGCCAUCACAGCAUCUCUGGUUCAAUUUUAUGUCAAAAGUUCUACCAAAACGUGAUGUACUGACUACCUUCAAGAAAAUUUUUAUGGGACAAACAGUUUAUGGACCUGCUAAUGCCACUCUUUUCUUCUCCUAUAAUGCAGCUUUACAAGGGCAUCUUGAGGUGUUUUUGCCACCACAAGGUUAUAGAGCGGUAGUAAUUGGCUGUUGUUUAAUCAUCUCUCAUUUGUACAAGUCUGUGGAGGCAACACCAGAGUCCUCCUCUGGGCAUCAACACCUGUACUUGGGUGAAAGUGGCGAUGAGAUUAUAGCUAGAUUGAAGCGUGACCUCUUGCCAACUUUGAAGAAUGGUCUACUGUAUUGGCCAGCAUGUGAUUUUGCCACAUUUAAAUUUGUGCCUGUUCAUCUACAGGGAGUAGAUCUUGGUUUAUUGACUUGCGGAGUUCUUGUAGAUAAUAGAUUUCUGUUGGCUGGUAUUGAUGGAUGA